AUGUCGUAUACAUUUGAGCCUAGCAAUGAAAAAGCCCUUCAUCGUGGUGAUUAUUCUCAACGUCAUGUUGCUAAAAAUAAACAAUAUACUCUAAAAAUCGGAAGAUCCGCAGGUGUGAUCAGCUUUGCGAUUUGGCCCGAUACCACAAAGCAGAAGGUGGCGAGGAAGCUCGCUCAUCCUAGCAGUAAGCCAAAAUGUUCCGAAGCAGAGCUUAUUUACGGGUUUAUCGGAAUAGUCAUGAGUAAAAAAGGUGCCGGAAGUACACAUGAAGAUGCACCGCACCGCAUUCGAUCGCGCACGCUUUCGGCUGACGAUAACAAGGGCGCUCGUCGACGGCUAUGCACACGAUUGGCGGUUGAGCUCGGAUGGCGUUUGGCUGGAAUUUGCUGCUCGAGUGACUAUGGAGUGAGGGAACUUCGCGCAACGGAUAAAAUUUUGGUCUCAGUGGCUGCUACUGCAACACUCCGUUGA